GGGUCCGUCAAUUUGAUGAACAAACAGGAAAAUUCGGUGAUUAUAUAUGGCAGACAUUUGACCAAGUUGACAAACGAAUUACAAAUUUCGGAAGUGGGCUCUUGCAUCUUAAACUAAAUAUAAUAAAAGAUGGCCAAGCUGAAAAGUUUAUUGUUGGAAUUUGUUCUAUUAAUCGUCCUGAGUACAUGCUGAAUCUUUCCAAAAAACUUCCUGCCUUAAAGGCUAUAAUAACCAUUGAUCCUCUCAACGGUCCGGCCGGUGAAUCUCUACUAUCUGAAGCAUCUCGAAAAAACAUCCUUCUAUAUGAAUUUUCACAAAUUGAAAAUCAUAGUAAUCUCUUGGCAGCAUUGUGUACAGUUUAUUACGAAAACGAAGAGCCACCAGGAUCUCGAAUAAUCUCUUAUUUACCUUUGGCUCAUAUUUUUGGUAUCUUAAUGGAAGGCUUGGCAAUAAGGAUUGGCUGUUCAAUUGGUUACUACAGUGGUGACCAAAACAGAUUGCUCGAAGAUGUCCAAGUUUUGCAACCUAUAUCAUUUCCUAGUGUUCCUAGAAUAUUUAAUAGAUUAUAUCUAAGUAUAAGGGCUGCUACAAUCGACGCGCCUGGUGAGGAGGGUGAGAUGGCAAGACGUGCGUAUCAGAAAAAGUUGGCGCAUUUUACAAAAACUGGUGAAUUAAAAUACGAGGAGUGGGACAAAUUGGCAGAGAAAAAGGAAUUGGAACAAGAGUUCUUAAGGGUGACUUCACGACAUCUCAUGUUGGGGCGCCGUCACCAAGAUGUUGGAGAAAUUGAUGACCGUGGCUGUCUAAAAAUUAUCGAUAGAGUUAAAAAUAUAUUUAAGCUAGCUCAGGGUGAAUAUAUUGCCCCUGAUAAAAUCGAAAAUGUCUAUCUUAAAGACUUGCUAAUAUCUCAAAUCUUUGUUUAUGGUGAUGGGCGUCAAUCUUCUUUAGUUGCAAUAGUUAUUCCAGACCAAGGAAAUUUUAUUUCUUGGGCAAAUCAAAUUGUUGGAGGUCUAGAUUAUCAAACACUAGUGAAAAAUGAUACUGUUGUUAACGAAUUGUUGAAACGUUUAAAUAUUCAUGGAAAAAAUAACGGACUUAAAGGAUUUGAACAGAUUAAAGCAGUGCACUUGGAUACUACAGCGUUCUCUAUUGAAAACGGACUAUUAACUCCAAC